AUGGGCUGCUUCUGCGCCGUGCCCGAGGAGUUCUACUGCGAGGUGCUGCUCCUGGACGAGUCCAAGCUGGCGCUCACCACGCAGCAGCAGGGCAUCAAGAAGUCAACGAAAGGGUCUGUUGUCCUGGGCUACGUAUUUCGUCACUUAAACUUAGUGGAGAUAGAUUACUUUGGACUACGCUACUGUGACCGAAGUCAUCAAACGUACUGGCUGGAUCCUGCAAAGACCCUGGCUGAACAUAAGGAUUUGAUAAACACUGGACCGCCAUACACUCUUUACUUUGGCAUUAAAUUCUAUGCAGAAGAUCCAUGUAAACUUAAAGAAGAAAUAACCAGGUAUCAGUUUUUCUUGCAAGUCAAGCAAGAUGUUUUACAAGGCCGCUUGCCUUGUACAAUCAACACAGCAGCACAGCUGGGAGCAUAUGUGAUUCAGUCUGAGCUGGGAGACUAUGACCCAUAUAAGCAUACUGCAGGUUAUGUGUCGGAGUACCGUUUUGUUCCAGACCAGAAGGAAGAAUUGGAAGAUGCCAUAGAACGGAUACACAAAACUCUGAUGGGUCAAGUUCCUGCUGAGGCUGAAUCAAAUUACUUGGGGGUGGCCAAAUCCCUGGAAAUGUAUGGAGUGGAUCUCCAUCCUGUUUAUGGUGAAAACAAAUCUGAAUAUUUUUUAGGAUUAACACCUGUAGGAGUUGUUGUCUACAAGAAUAAAAAACAAGUUGGGAAAUAUUUCUGGCCUAGAAUUACAAAAGUUCACUUCAAGGAAACACAGUUUGAACUCAGAGUCGUGGGGAAAGAUUGCAAUGAAACUUCCUUCUUUUUUGAAGCACAUAACAAGACUACAUGCAAACAUCUUUGGAAAUGCUGUGUAGAGCAUCAUACAUUUUUCAGAAUGCCUGAAAAUGAGUCAAACUCUCUAUCAAGAAAAUUCAGCAAGUUUGGAUCCGUAGGUUACAAAAAUCGAUACAGUGGAAGGACAGCUUUGCAAAUGACCAGAGACCUUUCUAUUGAGCUUCCUCGGCCUGACCAGCAUAUCGAAAGAAGCCGCAGUCGGACAUACCCAAAAAGAACACAACAGACCGGAUCUAACAGCAUAAAUCAGAUUAUAACAAAUGGGGAGAAUGAAGGAACUACCAAAAUAAUUGCACCUUCUCCAGUGAAAAGCUUUAAAAAGAUGAAAAAUGAAAACAAUCCAGAAACCCAAAGAAGUAAAACAAGUGCACCGUGGGAGGAAAAUGGCCCACAGAGUGGGCUGUAUAAUUCUCCCAGUGACCGCAAUAAAUCACCAAAGUUUCCUUACUCUCGGCGACGGAACCCAUCGUGUGGCAGUGAAAAUGAGUCUGGGCAGCCGGUCCGCAGGAGGAAAGCGCAAAACAGUGGUGAAGAUUCAGAUUUAAAGCAAAGGAGAAGGUCUCGGUCCCGUUGUAACACCAGCAGUGGCAGUGAAUCAGAAAAUUCUAACAGAGAGCAUCGGAAGAAGAGAAACAGGUUACGGCAGGAGAAUGACAUGGUGGACUCGGCUCCUCAGUGGGAAGCUGUGCUGCGGCGACAGAAGGAGAAGAACCAAGCAGAUCCCAACUACCGGCGAUCCCGGCACAGAUCUCGAUCGAGAAGUCCAGAUGUACAAGCUAAAGAGCAACUGUGGAAACAUAUCCAGAAGGAACUUGUGGAUCCAUCUGGCCUGUCUGAGGAGCAACUGAAAGAAAUUCCGUACACGAAAGUAGAGACUCAAGGUGACCCAAUUCGCAUCAGACAUUCACAUUCCCCUCGAAGCUACCGUCAGUAUCGGCGCUCGCAGUGCUCUGAUGGUGAAAGAUCUGUUCUGUCAGAAGUGAAUGCGAAAAAUGACCUGGUGCCUCCACUGCCUGUGACACGUUCCUCAGAUGCUAAAGGUCCGAUCAUCCAACUGACUCAGCAGAGGCGAAAUGGAUCUAAAGAGAGCCUAAUGGAAGAGAAAUCUCAGCUCUCUACUAACAACCUCGAUGGAAAGCCCACCAUUAAAACAAUAAAAACUGUACAGGUGUCACGCUUCAAGGUGGAGACUUGACUGUGGCAGCUGAAGAUGAUGAAUGGAUUUUAUUCUUUGGAAACAAGGGUUUUUGUGCAAGUAAAAGAUGUGAAGUUGGAGUGAUAGCAGUUCCCUCAGAACUUUCAGAAAUGCAGCCUGCUUGCUGGGAAGCCAAGCAAUGCAUUUUCUGCUUGGAUUUGGACUGCUCUAAUAGUGUGACUGACUGAGGAGAAGCUGCCUGAUGAGACAACCAAAAAGCAAAGUCUUGGUAAAACUGAAUCAUCAGCAGUUACAUUUCCAAAAAAGAAACAAAAAAUUGCUGCAACAAAACAGACUUUAUGGUCUGCUGUGUAACUGAAUUGCCUUUUUCCAAAAAUGACUGUUAACUAAUGUGAUCAGGACCAGAUGUUUCAGGGGAAGCAAAAUAAUUGGUUUUUUGGCCAAUUGUGCAAUAUAGUAUGACUUGGGAAGAAACAUCUUCUCAACUUCAAUGGGGAUCAGCUUACACCCUGAAACAUAAGGACUUCUAGCUCUUAAACAACACAUGCUGGUGUUGUUAAUACAAAUGUUGUCUCAAUCCCUUGUUAGCUCAGAAGUAAUAGAUUCCAUAACUCCCUGUGACAGAGAGUUGCAGGGAUUACAUGGACUUACUUUCACUUAACAGUUCUAAGUGUUCUCAAUUUUGAAUGCCCUUUUGUGUGCAGGGACUAUUUAAUUGAACAUUGCCUACUGUAAGAACAGAUAGAUCAUCUCUAUGGUAAACCACACUGGAAAUAUCUGAUGAAUAUGUACUUCUAGUACAUAUCUUCUUGAUCUUCUUACUGAUCUUAUGUACUGUAUUAAUACUACUUAGCAGAACACUUAAAUAGCUGUUAAACAAAACUUUUAGCUUAAGAUUUAAAAAGAGCUGGCAAAUAACCUUUUUCUAAACUAGAUAAGUGAAGCCUGCCUUAAUCUCUUUUCGUAUUAAAUAUUCAGUACUAAUAACUUCUAUUCCUCCUCUCUGAGCCACUUCUGUGAUGAAAUGACCAAGGCUGUACUCCAGAUGUGAUAACUGCAUUUUUUCUUUUGUUAAGGUAGGAG